AUGUUUGUUAUGACAAAGCUGAGUUUCUUGCUCUUGGUAUUGUUGUCGCUAUGCGUUUCCUACACGACUAGCUUCUCCAUUGGAGGUGAUACCCUGUUGGUUGGCCAAUCUCUCUCUGCAAACCAGACACUAAUAUCCCAAGGCAGCAUUUUUGAACUAGGUUUCUUCAAGCCAGGUGCUUCUUCAAACAUUUACCUCGGAGUAUGGUAUAAGAACUGCGCAGAGAAGAUAACUGUUUGGGUAGCAAACAGGGAGAGCCCUCUAAACGACCCAGCUUCAUUGAAGCUUGAAUUAUCACCUGAUGGUUAUCUUGUCCUACUUACAAAUUUCACCAAAACAGUUUGGUCAACAACUCCUACAUCUUCAAUGCCGAAAAGUACUGCAGAAGCAGAAUUAAGUGAUGCGAGAUGUAGAUUGGAUUGCAUCAGAAUCUGUUCUUGCGUGGCUUAUGCCUAUAAUAAUAGUGGGUGUUUUUUGUGGGAAGGAGCUCUUAUUAACUUACAAGAGGCAGGGAUUGCUGUUGGUGGCAGGACUGGAGCAGAUAUUUACAUCAGACUUUCUGCUUCUGAGCUUCAACAUCAGAUUGCUAGUGGUAGUCCCCGAAUAGGUGUUUAUUGUGAGACUGUGUUGGACUCUGUCCGCGAAGUUCUUGAUUUCCUGGUUGUGUCAUCUGUGUUGGACUCUGAAAUUGGGAAAAGAUCACUCUAA